AUGGGUUUUGACGGCAAUCGUGGUCGAGGUGCUCCCCGUGGCGGCAGAGGUGGUGGCCGUGGUGGAGGCCGUGGUGGAUUCGGCGGUGGUCCUCGUGGUGGUGGUCGAGGUGGAUUCGGUGGCCGUGGAGGUCGUGGUGGUGGUGUUGGCAAGCCUGGUGGCCGUGGUGGCCGUGGUGGUGCUCGUGGCGGUGCUCGUGGUGGCCGUGGUGGUGCCAAGGGUGGUGCCAAGGGUGGUAACAAGGUUAUCAUUGAACCCCAUCGUCACGAAGGUAUCUUUGUUGCCCGUGGUAAGGAAGAUUUGCUUGUUACCAAGAACCUUGUCCCUGGCGAAUCCGUUUAUGGUGAAAAGCGUGUUUCCAUUGAUGGCCCCGAAGGCACCAAGAUUGAAUAUCGUGUGUGGAAUCCUUUCAGAUCCAAGUUAGCUGCUGCUGUUCUCGGUGGUGUUGAUCACAUUCACAUUGCUCCUGGCAAAAAGGUCUUAUAUCUUGGUGGUGCUUCUGGUACUUCCGUCUCUCACGUUGCCGAUGUCGUUGGUCCCGAAGGUGCUGUCUAUGCUGUCGAAUUCUCUCACCGUUCCGGUCGUGAUUUGAUCAACAUGGCAAAGAAGCGUACCAACGUUGUUCCUAUUGUUGAAGAUGCUCGUCAUCCCCACAAGUACCGCAUGCUCGUUCCCAUGGUCGAUGUCAUCUUUGCUGAUGUUGCUCAACCCGAUCAAGCUCGUAUUAUUGCUCUUAAUGCACACCACUUUUUGAAGAACAAUGGCCAUAUCGUCAUCUCCAUCAAGGCCUCUUGUAUCGAUUCAACUGUUGAUGCUGCCACCGUGUUUGCUCGUGAAGUCAAGAAAUUGCAAGAAGAACGCAUCAAGCCACAAGAACAGCUUACCCUUGAACCUUAUGAAAGAGAUCACGCUGUUGUGGUUGGCAAGUAUGUUCGCAGCAAGUAA